CUGUUUGGAUUAUUUUCUAUUCCCUUUACAACAUGGUUGUGUGAAAUCGUUUGCAAUGGCCUCUAAAUCUACGACUACUGUUGACGAUUCUGACAACAGAAGAACACAACGACCAGAGUUAGAGAGGAGCAAUUCUCUUGAUCCAAAAUGUUUGCAGAGAGCACCAUCUUUCCAGACAAUAACAGAAUUUAAAGAAAGGGUCAAAGAAUCAGAAGAAAGCAAGACAAAUAGCAAAACCGAGCAAACUGUGAAAGAGGAAUCCAUGAUGGAAAACCCUGAUCUCGACGAGAAGGACAAUGAUACAUCACAAGAAUCAGCACAAGAAAAUUCUGAAAUAGGCAAAUGCAUUGAAUGUGUGAAGGCCAUCCCAGUAUUUUCAUCGGAUGGAAUUGAAGCUGGUGAUCACGUGAUCUUUAGUGGGGCAGUAUACGACCAUCAUGGGAUAAUUAUAUCAAGAUUAGACGAUGGAGUAACUUUUGAAAUCAUAGAAGCAACAAAUACAUUCUCUGGAGUUGUCGUUGGGCUUUCAAAACUGUUUGGUGGAAAAGCCAAAAUCCAAUCCACUUUCAAAAAAUUUGAUUUUGAAAAAGAAAAGAUAUGUGUGGUAGAAUACAGAUAUAGAAGAUAUUCGAAGAAAGAAACCAUCCAACGUGCCAUAAAUAUAUAUAAUGAUAAGGAAGAGAGCGUAAAAUAUAAAUAUGAUCUCUUUGAUAACAAUUGUGAACAUUUUGCUACGCACUGUGUUACAGGACAAAAUUUCAGCGUACAAGUAACCAAGUUCAGAUUGACGUGGAAAUUGUUUUGGUCUAGAGGUUUUGUUGGGAUAAGCAAUGAACUAACAAGAAACGAAAAAGAGUUUGAAAACAAGAUCAUUUGCAAAGACUGUUAUGAGAUGAAUAAAAAACUGCUUGCUGUCACAUUGAGGCCUGUUGUUGGAGAACAGGAUGUGGAAAUGGGAGAUAUCAUCCGAUACUCCUACUAUAAUCUGUGGCAUGAGGCAGUGGUUUUAGAAAAGAAAAGAACGACAGAGAAGUCAGUAGUGUGCACCAUUGCUCAUUACGCCUUCUGUGGAAUCUUCUCCCAUCGAACAAUCAAGGAGGAGGAGUUGGAAAUUUGUUAUGACGGGAAAUGCAGCAAACUGGAGUACACAGAGCCUUCCUAUCAUGUAUAUAACCCAGACAAAGUUGUGAAACGUGCGCGAACAAGAUUGGGGGAACAAAUGUUUGUUUUCUUUUCAAACGAUUCCAGUCACUUUGCUAGAUGGUGUAAACUGAAACUUACGCGAACUUAAAAGCUUGAGAAUUAUGUUCUUAACACACUUUACCUUUUCAUUCAUCAUAGUCUACAAAAUGUUUUGCAAGAAAUGCUGGUAGUACGC